AUGACUCCACACGGAAGCACUUCGCCGCCUGCGCUAGGUACUCCUGGCAGCCUCAAGACCGUCUUCAAAGCAUCCGAGCCUCGCGCUUUCGACCAUUUUGACGAUUUUGUCGACGAGAUUCUUCCAGGGUGCGUUCAAACUUCUCUCUUGACCUCUAGCGCUACCAUGGGACGCCGCUCCCGCCUCGACGAGUCGGCUGGAGAGGGACUUCGCAGGAACGUGUUGCUGCGCAAUGCAAUGCUCUCCAGCUUGGAGCGUGAGAGACGCCAGCUUUCAGAAGAGGCGCAGGCUCACAGCGCAACUGCCUCAUUCACCUCCACUCCGCAAAUCGGCUCGCCUGCCUUAGACGAGGAAGCUCAGUUCUUCGAAGACCUCUUGUUGGAACUUAGCGGCUCAGAGACCUCCAACUCCACAAGCACCGUGCUCGAGGCCUCGAUGCAAGACGCGACCGCUCCCAGUAUGACCGAAGAGGAGGAAGACUAUAUUGAGCUCGAAUCGGGCCUCCCUUCGGAACAUGUGUUCACACAGCUGCACUCGCGGCGAUCUGUGCCGUUGUCGAGUCCAAACAUGGCCCUUGCUUCCGUCGAUCGAGAUGUGGUGUCUGGCAGCCCCGCCCUGGCGUCAGUCGACUCCUGCUCCAGCGCUUUCUCUGAACCUCGUCAGUGCGACGACUCUGGGUUCGCGGAAGCCACUUCUUGUCCAGCCUCGGCAGCCAGCUACUGUGCCGGAUAUCCGAACGUCUGCCCGUACCCUGCUAUCAGCAGCUUUGCCGGAGGAUCCUCCGAGGAGCUACCGGCUCUCAUCGAUGACGACGAUAGCGAUCUGGACGAAGACGAAGAUGACGAGGCCGACGAUCAGCUCGGACCGGCGCCAGAGUCGGCGGCGCUCAUGGCGUCACCAGCAGCUGCGCAUAGCCAGGAUGGCGAAGCAAUGCGCUCUCCUCCGCUCUCUCCCGUUGCUUCACCCAUCCACUCAGCGUGCACUGAUCACCCGGGCUUUCGAGACUUGCUCUCGCCAGACUCCUCACGCCCUACAUCGCCUAUAUCGAGCGCCUCUUCCAAGGGCGAUGCAGAUGGGCCCAGCCCUCUGCUGCUGCCAUCCGACGUGGGUCCGUUGCCGUCUCUGGCUGAAUUGUCGCUACAGCUACCUGCUGCGAUCGGCUCCGACCUCUUGGCUCUGCCCUCGCGCACUCUGACAGGCGCUUGGUUCGAGCAUAAACACGAGGCUCCCUCGGCUGCAGGUCUAAAUGUCAAUGCAGAUCGCAUGCGUUGGACCACCUCUCCGUCCACCUGCUUCCGACGAUCGUCGACAGUGUCGUCAUCCAUGUCGUCAUCCGUAUCGCCUGGUUACCGACCAUACAGACUUGGUGUUGAUUCAGAUCGCAGCACUCUCCCAUUUGUGCCAGCGAAUGACCCGAGCGAGUAUUCCGUUGUGGUGCACUGGUCGCGAUAA